GGCAACGAGGGGGGCGUCUCCGCGUUCUCCGAGAAGUCCGCGCCGCACUGCGCGGACGAGUCGUACACGUUCUCCAUGGACGAGGCAUUCCUGCAGCGCUUGGCGACUCUGAAUCCCGUGGCAACCACGUUGCUGCGGGAACAGAUGGCGGAGGCUAUCUUCACGGAGCUCGCGGGCAUGCCGCCGCGCCACAAACGGAGGAAGUCGCAGCUCAUCGACGACAACACCCCCCACCGUGGCAUCUUCGGAACCCCGUGGGCCUGGCAUUUCGUGACCGAAACAAACGGCCGCAAGUCCUUCCACUUCCACGCCGGUGUCAUCGCAGGGGCCUCUCCUACAUUGUUGGCCGACGUGGCUGGGUACCCACGCUUGGAGGCCGCUGUGCACGCAGCCCUGGACUCGAUGUACACGGCCCACGUGCCAGCCGACUUGCACGCCAUCGACGUGGCCCGCCGGACGUUGCGUAUACCAGCGGAGCGUCAGACUUUCUUCCAGACCACCGACACGCCCACCCCAGAAGCCGUCCGAGAGUUUCACAUAGAUGCCGCCAUCACAGCUCUUACCACUGGACUACAUUCACACGCGGCCACCUGCCACAAAGGCAAAAAUGGCAAGCUCGGGUGCCGCAUGGCGAAACCCUCUGGACACCCCGUCCCCCAGUCUCGCGUCCUCGCAAUCCUGCCCGACGAACCCGCGCAGGGCACCGUGGGCUGGUCUUGCAAGUACUGCACCCCAGGCCGGUUGCGCGACAUCAUGAACAUGCCCCGCGCCGAUUUGGAGUCACUGGAUCCCUCUGCAGCGCACGGGAUGUUCCGAGACGUGUGCCGCGAACUCAGCAGCCUUUUGUCCAGACCUAUUCAAGGCCGCAACCUGAACGACUGCCUCAAUUCAUGUAGUCAAGACGACGCUCGUGCCAUCCUUCUCGCUUGGCACGGCAUGCGAUGCCGAAAUGCGGCCCUCGUGGACUUCAGCCCCACCCUCUCGGGAUGCGUCCGGAGCAACACCGCACCUCUGCACCUCGGUGCCCGGGAGGCUGCGAAGGGAGCCGGCAUGUACAUGGUGAAGAACCUCGUUAAAGAGGCACCGCAGCACGGUGCACUCGCCACUUCCUACAACGAGUUCAAUUCCAGUGCCGCCGAGCUUGCCCCGACACAGGCGGCUGCGAUCGCUCUCGGCGUCGCGCACCUGCAGCAUCUACACCACUUCAGACGGAACGCCGAUUGGAUUGCAUUAUCGCAGGCUGACCACUACGCGCACCGGUCCCAACAACUCGCCGACCUCACUUUCGACGAGUUCGUCAUGGGGAUGCGCAUCCAGAAAGUCUCCGCGGAACAGAGGGCAAAGAUAGCCGCCGAAUCGGGCAAGAGGGGCCGCCCUACGAACCCGAGCUUCGAACUCGAACCGCCGCUCCCUUUGGCGGGCCAGUACGUCAUCAGGGAAAAAUCCAAAUUCGACGUGCCGGUGUUUGUCGGAGCUCCUCCGCCCCGUCUGCCCCCCGAUUCCGCUCCGCGCAACAAGGCGCGCCAGCGUAUGGAGGUGGCCCACGCCGAGUACUUCACCGCGCUCUUCGUACCUUGGUCCGCGGCCCAACUGGAGACCGCGACCCCGACCACUUGGAGCGCUUAUCAGCGCCGCCUGGAGGACGCGGCUCACGGCUCCGCGCCUCCUGCAUCCGACUCCGUGCGGCACGGGAAGAGUCAGAGAAUCGCGGAGGGCCGCUUGUUCCGCAUCCACCAUGUGGCGACAGCCCUCACGUCGAAUACCCGGAAGACAGAUAUUAUGAGCAAAUGGCGCAUGCGAGACCGCACUCUGUGGUCCGAAACCACCUCCUGUCCAGACGUAGCCCUUCCCCCUGGCCGCAGCAAAGGUCAAGAGACCGACGCCGCCGCAGACAUCCGCAACUUACGCGACGCUGCCAGCGCCGACGUCAACUCCAGAGCCAUGAAACGUGACGACCCCCACGACGCACUCGCCACUCUCCGACAGCAGGGGCUCCGGCAAGUGCAUCUGCUCCAGGGAGCUGGGGGCGUGGGAAAGAGCGUGCUCUUGAAGGCGAUGCACGCCGUCUUACGACGCCUGCACUUGGGACACAUGGCCAUCACAGCCUGGACGGGAGUCGCAUCUGCGCCUUUUGGGGCGCCGACGCUGUGUUCUUUACUGAAAAUUGACUUCGCUUGCCUGGCUGAAGACCGCCCCGUGGACGCUGACACGUUGCAGCUCCUCCGCAAGGACUUCGCCGACGCCAUGUGCGACCCGGCCGACCUGCUCGUCUUCGUCGUCGACGAGGCCAGUUUUCUCGUCCCGGCAGCCUUACACCACAUCGACCUUCAACUAUAA